CGGAAAUUGACAUUUAUGUUUCCUUUCUGUGAUUGGAUAAUAUUUUUGAUGACAUCAUAGAUUAUUUACUUCCUGUUGAUGAAAUUAGGAAUAUAGGAUCUAAAAUGGCAAGGUUUACCUAUUAGUUUUCUAAAAAGGUGAACAGUCAUGCCAGUGAAUGGUUUAAAUGGACAUGUUGACUUCGAUGGGAGUGUCAAUGACCUCCCAGGAAAUAUUUGGAUUAAAGCCAGAGGGAUGCUGGAUACAAACCCAGCAAAUAUGGACUGGAGGGCUUUAAUUAGAACUUUGGAAACAUCUAAAAGGAUAAAAUAUAGAUACAAAAUAAAACCACAAGUGGUUGAGCUAUGGGCACCAGCGAUCAGUGGAGAGAGUGCGGCAGGGAAACUGCUGACAGAGUUGGGCUCACAGGGCAUGACCGUCGGGGAACUGAGAGAUAUAAUGGAAGAGACAGGCAUUGAUACCUUUAACCUGGGACUCUCUAAAUAUGAAGAAAUAAAAAUCACUCGGAGCCCAGAGAAAGGAGUUGAUGUCCACGAUGGGGAUCCACUAGUGUUGGAGGUGGAGGCAACGGGAAAACCCCACCCACGAUUUCAGUGGUACUUCUGUCCCAAUGGGCAGAAUGACUUCAGGAAGUUGCAGGGACAUACAGAGGGAAUACUCAAAAUUCCAUAUGUCACUUCUGCCAAUGCUGGUGGUUACUCGUGCCAGAUCCACAACUGUCGAGAUCCAAAACUGACAAGGAUUACCGAAAUAUCCCUCGUGUCUGUCACGCCCAAUCCAAACCCAACUGCUAAUGGGCUUAACCCACCAGAUGCUGAUAGUCUAGCACAGAUGUUUCCCCGUCUUUCAACAAAUAGUCCACAUGCCAGUUUUUAUGAGGGGUUAGAGAACCGAUCUACUGUUGGCCCAACCACUCCCCGAUCCCCAUACAGCCUCAUUCUGAAAGACCUGCAGGAUGUUGAGGUUCCGUUGGGGGAAUCGUUCACCCUUGCUGUCGAGACUGCUGGAGACCCGCCUAUUUACUACCAGUGGUUUCACAAUGAGGAACUCCUUAAAAAUCAGUUUGGACCUAAACUCUCAAUGUUAAAUUCCCAACAUCAGGACUAUGGUCACUAUUAUUGUAUCGUGGGGAAUGGACUGAGGAAGGAACGCACUAGGACUGCCUCUGUUACAGCUCCUAUUCGUAACUCUGGACAAGAUCAUGAAAUAACCAUAAUCUCUCAGCCAGUUUCGAAGGAGCUCAAGUUUGGUGACAGUGCCUUGUUCAUGGUAGAGGCGCGAUGCGGAUUGCCCCUCCAAUACCAGUGGAUCAAGGACGGGAAAGAAAUUGAAGGUGCAACUGACUUUGAGUACAAGAUAUACAACAUACAGGACGCAAGUUGCAGUGGCUUAUACCAAUGUGAGAUCAAGGCUAUGAAAAUGACGACGGAGGGACGAGAAGUUCAGAGCAGUCGCGUGUUCUCAAACAUGGCCUUUUUGCAUCUUAAGAUACCAUCUGUUAACGACAAUAAUCGUUAUAACCCCCAUGACAAAGUGGCCUUACUGAUAGGAAACUCUGAUUACCUUUCGGAAAAAGCAUUAACAGCCCCUCCGAAAGACAUUCAGGAAAUGGCAGAAAGUCUUGUCUCAAUAAACUUCAAAGUUGUUAGCUUGUUGAACUUAACCAAGCCUGAAAUUGAAAAUGCUGUUGUUGAAUUUUGUAAAUUGAUCGAUAAAAAUGUGUAUGCAGUCUUCUACUUUUGUGGCCAUGGUUUUGAGGAUAGUGGAGUUUCGUAUUUAGUGCCGACGGAUGCCCCAUCCAUGUAUUCACCAGAGGAAUGUGUGAAUACAAGUCAAGUCUUGUACAACUUCCAGAAGAAGAACCCAGCUCUGGUAUUUAUGGUACUGGAUAUAUGCAGAACACGGGGCAAAGUCAAGUCCUCAGAGCCACCAAAGGAGUUGGUCACACAGGCACAGAACGGAAAUGUUUGCUACUGCUAUGCAACGAGUUUGGGCUUGGCAGCAUUUGAAGACAAGAACACACAGAGAGGUCUUCUGAUGCGCCAUCUUGCCCCCCUGUUAACGAGACCAAUCGGCAUUGACCAGCUUGUCACAGACCUGAAAGAAGAGUUCAGCCGUAACCCUAAGCACUCAAAGAUUCAAAUUCCCGAGAUAAGGUCAAAUGUUCGUGAAACGCGAAGAUCGCUGACGGACAAAAUCACUCAUCGCGGACAGACACAAGCAUAUAGUGCUAGGACAAUGUUAUGGUGUAGCUAUCAUGAUAAGCCAAAAAAGCAGGACCUGAAAUUACCGGCUGGAAUUGUUCUACAGCUAGACUUCCAGUCAGACCAUAACAACAUACUCCACAUCUUUGUGCUGGUUCUGGAACAAGGAGAGACACAAAACUGCAUUGCUUUUGUCUCCAACUAUUCUCCGAGAAUCUCCUGUCUUGGCGACAUUGUUCAGUUUACAAGGAAAGAAAAUACGAGGAAAGAAAAAUAUGGCACGAAGAUCACACUACAAGACAUGCAGAAAUUGCAGGACAAUCUGGUAGUUGACAUCACUGUCAAGUUUGUGUACAAUAGGGACGGAAAAGAGUACAACCAUACCCAGAGAGUUGACCUGGGACUUCCGCUUGUGUCAAAACUGAAACUGUGGAAGCCCACAAAAGACUUUGAGCCCAAACAUCGGCAGCCCAUGGAACAAGAAGAAACUGACAGUACCUGAGAUGGAGGAAGGUUACGUUGUGAAAAUGACUCGCUCACAGAUUUCGUAGUGAAAUUUUUUUCCCAAACAUUUGUUCAGAAAUAGAUUAAUUUAAUUGGCUGAUUCACCACCAAGCAACAACAGACUGACAUAUGCUCUUUAAAAUUCAAUUCUGUUAGUUAAGCUUAAAAUCAUUCAAUUUUCAUUGGCGUUGCUCAGACUUGUCAUCAAAAUGAAGCAGUUCCUGUUACAUUUCAAAUGUAAAUAACAAUUAUGAAUGAUAGAAUUAAUACUUAUAUUUCUGAUGACAACUUACCAUUGUGUCCGUUGCUUUAAGUUUGUUUAUAUAAUGCAUGCUAUGAAAACAUUCAAUAAACCAUGAGAUUGGAUACAGAUAACAAACCUUUCUUUGAUAAUGUGCUUGGAAUGUAGUUAAAUACAACUAGUGCUGAAAGAUACUCUCUUAGUCUAUAAUCUUUCAUUUAUGAUUGGGUAUAUCCGUUUAAGGAUUGAUUUCUUGCAUUAAUGCUUUAUGAGCACAGUAGGGCACGCGAGCAAAUUCCAUGAAGCAAGCUAAUAUUUACAUUAACAUUUACAAAAAUAUUCAUUGCGGUUAAAAUUAGCAGUAUCUUCUGCAAUUGAGUAUUUACUCUUAAAGAAGUGUAAUCGACAACAUACGUUUGUAUAAAAGAAUGGCUGAAUUUUGUAACAUUGUAUAUCAUUGGUUAAAUGACUUCACGCUAAUCCAAUCGUAGCUAAUCCAAUCGUAGCACAAUAUUGAAGUUUACAAUGACGUCAUAACUCCUUGCAUGUUAUACAAUAUGAACAUCAAGCUUUAUCUAUACAAAGGACUAGGAGAAUGUAAACAUUAAAAUUUGAUAUCUUUUCAUAUUAUGAAAUGCCUGACUUUUAACAUAUUUGUGGAGAACCAAUACUACAUGUUAAAAUGUUAACACUGAACAAAUUAAAAAAAAAUCUAAAAAUUUGCUAAAUACCGUAGCUAAUAUUUUUUAACGACAACAUGAUAAUAUAGACUUGUGAAAGAAAAACAUGAUAAUUUUACUGACACUUGUAUUAGAUGUAAAGGAAAUAAAACACCAACUUUUACUGAAAUAAGUUUAAUUUUUAAAUAUACCUUUAGCCAAUACAAGCCAUUUGUCAAUUAAAUUUUAUGUCACAUAUUAAGUUGUUAAUAACAGUCACGAUCUUUCUGAUAGCCCCAGAUCUGUAUUUUUAUAAUGUAUUAUUUACUCUCACCUCAUGCUAUUAUUUAUAUCCAAAGUUGCAUGUAUACAUGUAUUUUUAAAGUAAAUUGAAUUUUUUCAUAUUUUUAGUAUCUGUCUUGUAAUUCUAGUAUCCAUUAAUGCGAACAAACAAAGGCACUCUUCUUAUUCUCCCUUUCAUUUAUCACGUGACAAGCUUGAUUUGAGAUUAAAUGCUGAUUUUUUAAAUGUCUUUAUUUUUAGAAAUACUUCAUAUCUCUGUCUAUCUACGCAUAUGUAUAUUUAUAGCAUACAAGAAUGUGUUCUUUAAUGUGAUUUGUUAAAAGUAUGUUAAAUAAAUGAUGUAAAUGAUA